UUUGAUCGCAAAACAAAUCAAACAGCCAAUUUCAAACCGGAAUCAGCACGGCCAAGGGCCUGCCUUAAACCGAAUAGCAGUGGAAAGUAGCAGCAGAAACUCCUGAAAUAACGCUAACCUAAAUAUUCCCAAAAGAAACUCCGCCGCCCACUUCUUCAAAAUCAUUUUCCCCUUCCCUGAGUUGCAGCAGUAUCAGGGCCAAAAGACAGCCGCAGAAACACCCAACGUCGUUUCUCCUGCCGCUCGCCGUCAACGUUGUCCUCAUUCAGGCACGCUGUCCACAGGUCCGCUGCACUCGUCUUCGGUGCUGCUCCUCGUCCCGCCACUCACCCUCCUCGCUGUUGGUCCUGACAUCAGUCACGCCAUAACAUGUCAGAAGCAGAAAAGAAGAUUGAAACUCAAGAGGAUCUUGACCGCAAGAAGAAGAAAGAAGAAAAGGCUAGGGAAAAAGAAUUGAAGAAGCUUAAGGCAGCUGAAAAGGCAGCUAAAUUAAAGGCACAACAAGAAUCCAGUAAUGCUUCACAAAAGAGUACUGCUAAAAAGAAUGCUAGGCGAGAUGCUGGAGUUGAGGAGAAUCCUGAAGAUUAUGUUGACCCUGAGACUCCUUCUGGUGAGAAGAAAAAGCUUUCUGCUCAAAUGGCAAAACAGUAUAAUCCAACUGCCGUGGAGAAAUCAUGGUAUACCUGGUGGGAAAAAUCAGGUUAUUUUUCCGCUGAUGCAAAAAGCUCCAAACCACCAUUUUCCAUAGUUCUUCCUCCACCAAAUGUGACUGGGGCCCUACAUAUAGGCCAUGCCCUUACAGCUGCUAUAGAGGAUACAAUUAUUCGUUGGCGGAGAAUGUCUGGAUAUAAUACCUUGUGGGUACCUGGCGUGGACCAUGCUGGGAUAGCAACACAGGUGGUCGUAGAGAAGAAGUUAAUGCGCGAGCGGCACUUAACCAGGCAUGAUAUUGGCCGUGAGAAAUUUGUUUCUGAAGUUUGGAAGUGGAAGGAGCAGUAUGGCGGUACUAUAUUGAGACAGCUGCGAAGGCUGGGUGCCUCUCUUGAUUGGUCGCGUGAGUGUUUUACAAUGGAUGAUAAAAGAUCAAAGGCUGUGAUAGAGGAAUUUGUUCGGCUAUACAAGGAUGGUCUCAUCUAUAGGGAUAUCCGAUUGGUGAAUUGGGAUUGCACCUUACGAACUGCUAUAUCUGAUAUUGAGGUAGAUUAUACUGACAUCAAGGAGAAGACACUGUUGAAGGUUCCUGGUUAUGAGAAACCAGUGGAAUUUGGUCUUCUAACCUUAUUUGCUUAUCCUCUGGAGGGAGAUCUGGGUGAAAUUGUUGUUGCCACAACUAGAUUGGAAACAAUGCUUGGUGAUACUGCUAUUGCCAUACAUCCUGAUGACAAAAGGUACAGUCAUCUACAUGGCAAAUUCGCAAUUCAUCCAUUUAAUGGAAGAAAACUUCCAAUAAUUUGUGAUGCUGUUCUUGUUGAUCCCAAUUUUGGCACUGGUGCUGUCAAGAUCACUCCAGCACAUGACCCGAAUGAUUUUGAUGUGGGGAAGCGUCAUAAUCUUGAAUUUAUUAAUGUUUUUACUGAUGAUGGUAAAAUUAAUAGCAAUGGUGGUUCAGAGUUCGUUGGGAUGCUGCGCUUCAAGGCUCGGGAGGAAGUGAAAGAAGCAUUACAGAAAAAGGGAUUGUAUAGGGGUGCUAAAAAUAAUGAGAUGCGACUUGGCUGUUGUUCAAGAACCAAUGAUGUUGUGGAGCCAAUGAUAAAGCCACAGUGGUAUGUUAAUUGCAGUAGUAUGGCAAAGCAAGCUCUUGAUGCAGCAAUUGAUGGUGAAAAUCCAAAGCUUGAAUUCUUUCCAAAGCAAUAUUUGGCCGAGUGGAAAAGAUGGCUUGAGAAUAUACGUGAUUGGUGCAUAUCGAGGCAGCUUUGGUGGGGUCAUCGCAUACCUGCCUGGUAUAUUACACUUGAAGAUGAUGAAUUGAAGGAACUUGGUGCCUACAAUGACCAUUGGGUAGUUGGUAGAGAUGAGCAGGCGGCUCUACAGGAGGCUAAUGUGAAAUUUCCUGGAGAGAAGUUUGAGAUGAGUCAAGAUCCUGAUGUCCUUGACACAUGGUUUUCUUCUGGUUUAUUUCCAUUGUCAGUAUUGGGUUGGCCAGAUGAUACUGAUGAUUUGAAAAAUUUUUACCCAACUUCAGUACUUGAAACUGGGCAUGACAUUUUAUUUUUCUGGGUUGCUCGGAUGGUGAUGUUAGGAAUUAAACUGGGAGGUGAUGUACCAUUUACAAAGGUUUAUCUGCAUCCAAUGAUUCGUGAUGCACAUGGCCGUAAGAUGUCAAAGUCUUUGGGAAAUGUUAUUGACCCUCUUGAAGUAAUAAAUGGAAUAACUCUUGAAGGCCUUCACAAAAGACUAGAGGAGGGUAACUUGGAUCCAAAUGAACUGAUUGUUGCGAAAGCUGGACAGAAGAAAGAUUUCCCUAAUGGCAUCUCUGAAUGUGGUGCAGAUGCUCUUCGAUUUGCUCUUGUAUCAUACACAGCUCAGUCUGAUAAAAUAAAUUUGGACAUUCAAAGAGUUGUUGGAUACCGUCAAUGGUGCAACAAAUUGUGGAAUGCUGUACGAUUUGCUAUGAGCAAACUUGAAAUUGGUUAUGCCCCUCCACUGACUCUAGAUAUGGAAACUAUGCCUUUCAGCUGCAAGUGGAUACUCUCAGCACUUAACAAAGCCAUAUCUAAAACAGUUUCAGCAAUGAAUUCAUACGAGUUUUCAGAUGCUGCCAGCACAGUGUAUUCAUGGUGGCAGUAUCAGUUUUGUGAUGUUUUCAUAGAAACAAUCAAACCCUAUUUUAAUAGUGAUGAUCCAGCAUUUGCCUCUGCAAAGAAUUCUGCCAAAGAUUGUCUUUGGGUGUGUUUGGACAAUGGCCUGCGAUUGCUUCAUCCAUUUAUGCCCUUUAUUACUGAGGAACUGUGGCAACGCCUUCCUGCAGCCCUGGAUCAUACCAGGAAAGAGUCAAUUGUGAUAUCCGAAUAUCCAUCAACGAUAGAAGCCUGGACAAAUGAGAGGGUGGAAUAUGAAAUGGACCUUGUUGAGGCUACUGUGAAGUGUAUAAGAUCUCUGAGGGCUGAGGUGCUUGGUAACCCAAGAAAUGAGAGACUACCGGCUUUUGCAUUUUGCCAAAAUGAUGCAGUAGCAGAAACUAUCACUAGCCAUGAAUUUUAUAUUACAACUCUUGCAACUUUAUCAUCUUUCCAGGUAUUAUUGAGUGGAAAAGAAGAACCUCCUGCGGACUGUGCAUUUGAGAAUGUCAAUGAGAAUCUUAAAGUCUAUCUCAAGGUUCGAGGAAAAGUUGAUACAGGAGGAGAGCUUGAGAAGAUCAGAAAUAAAAUGGAUGAUAUACAAAAGCAAUGGGACAAGUUGGAUAAGAUGGUUAAUGCAGCAGGCUAUAAAGAAAAAGUACCAUCUCAUAUUCAGGAGGAGAAUGCUGAAAAGCUUGCGAAACUACUUCAAGAGAUGGAAUUCUUUAAAAAAGAGAGCUCUCGGCUUCAAGCUGUGAUUAAAACAGGGGGCAAAUAGCAUUAAAGCGUCAAACCUAUUAAUGGGCACUUUCUCCGCGCAGAUCAAUUAAGUUGAUGUGUGAAAGAGAGCCAAAGAGAAAGGCAGGGAAGCAAACGAGAGAAAGCUGAAGAAGGACGAUAAUUUCAAGGAACAAAUACAAGUACCCAUUCAAUUUUUUGUUAUUUGUUUGAGCCAGUGGCUGCUAGAGCUUUAAGUUAUUAUUUUUAUGCAUUAAAAUUUCACUUAUGGAGAACACGUAAAUUACUUUAGAAUACGAUCGAUUGUGAAAGAAUUUUCUAGUUCUGAUUUUAGCGUAAUGUUUUACAGGGAAAGGCAGUACAAGCUACUUGUGACA